GUCCACACACGGGCUUCCAUACAGUCUGUCCCUGCAGAGUAUUGUGAGUAUACCCACCACCUGAAAGCUAAAGUGAGCUGAAUUUUUAAGUAGAGAGCUCAUCUUCCGUUUUCCCCCCACAGGACGUGAAUGCAACACAAAAUAGCCCGAAUACGAGAGAGAGAGAGAGAGAGAGAGAGAGAGAGAGAGAGAGAGAUAGGCAACAGCGCAGAUGAGCCCCAAUGAACAGCAGCCGGGUCCUCUUUCAAACACACACUACGCUCCACAUCCCACACACACAAAUGCCAGGACACUCAUACACAUGCAAUCCAAUAACGAGAGCACCAUCCGUCCGAGCUGCCUGCCGCCGCCGGUGGCAGCCCUCACCGCUUCUCCGAGAUACAAAGCUGGUAGCCCGCUGGGAGAGGAGCUGCUGCUGCCUUUAUAGCACAAAGGAGAAGAGAGUGGAGAGCCUGGGACUUUAUUUGGGAGGCGGUAGAUAAUUCAGCAGCAGAGUGCUGUGGAAGCAAAGACACAGUGAAGAGGGAAGGUGAGUGAAUGCAGUCCAGUCCAGCUGCUGCUGCUGCCGCUUCUGCUGCUGCUGCUGCUGCUGCUGCUGGAGGAGGAGGAAGAGGAAGAGGAGGAGGAGGAGGAAGCUCAGUGUCUGGAGAGGCUUGAGGAGCAACAUUAUCCUGCACAGACCCAGCCAGAGCAGACGGCCAGCAGGGAUCAGAGCACCUCCAGGCUUGCAGAUGUGGAAGGAGCGCUGUGCAAGUUCUAGUCCUGGAUAGGUCCUGUGCAACUUUACUGGACCGGCUCAGGAGGGCUGGAGCUACAGCACAUAUGAGAUACAGAGAGGAAGCAGAGGGGUCACUCUGGUGUCAUAACUAUGGGCAGCCACACUGUUGCAGGGCCAGCCAACACCCCUGACAACCAAAGUCACCUCCACAGUGUACAGUGUCUGGCCCAGUGAUUCAACCCCAGACAGGAGCAGGAGAAAGCAGUAGAAAGCAGGGCCAUGGGGGUGAGCCUGGGCCAGGGUGUCGGCUGGAUCCUGCCUUUCCUGUUCUUGCUACUGAUGAUCACAGUGUCACCCACCCAGGGUCAAGCAUGUCCCCAGCGUUGUGACUGCAUUGCAAAACUCAAAACCGUGUCCUGUUAUGGUAAACGCCUGUCCGCACUGCCAGAUGGCAUCCCACUGGACACCAAGAUCCUGGACCUAAGUGGGAAUAAACUUCGCUGGGUAGAGCAUGGUGACCUUCUUCCAUAUCAACGUCUUGAAAAGCUGGACCUUAGUGAGAACAUGAUCAGUGUCCUGGAACCAAAUGCUUUUUCAAGUCUCCAGAACCUGCAGUCACUUUCACUGAGGGGGAACCAAUUGAAACUGGUCCCCAUGGGGGCUUUCUCACGUCUCUCCAACCUUACUUCACUGGACCUCAGUGGGAAUAAGAUUGUGAUUCUUUUGGACUUUACUUUCCAAGACCUGAAAAGUCUAAAAAACCUGGAAGUUGGAGACAAUGAUUUGGUUUAUAUUUCCAACAAAGCCUUUCUGGGUCUAGUGGGCCUGAGGGAGCUGACCAUUGAGAGGUGCAACCUGACUUCUGUCUCCAGCCAGUCUUUGUCUUACCUCCAUAACCUGGUGACUCUGCGGCUCCGCUACCUCAGCAUCUCAACCUUAGAGGACCAGAAUUUCCGUAAGCUGGGAAACCUGAGGGGCCUCGAGAUUGAUCACUGGCCCUUUUUAGAGUACAUAUCCCCUCACAGCCUACAGGGUCUAAACUUAUCUUGGCUGUCUAUUACGCACACCAAUAUCACCUCUGUGCCCACGUCUGCCCUACGCAGUUUGGCUCACCUCACCAGCCUCAACCUUUCCUACAACCCUAUCUCUGUGUUGGAGUCCUGGGCACUACGGGACCUACUUAGGCUGAAGGAGCUGCAUUUGGUCAACACAAACCUGGUGGUAGUGCAGCCAUAUGCGCUGGGUGGUCUAAGGCAAAUCCGCCUUCUUAACCUCUCCGCUAACAGCCUAGUAACCCUGGAGGAGGGAGCCUUUCAGUCUGUCAACACUUUGGAGACGCUGCGCUUGGAUGGGAACCCUCUGGCUUGCGACUGCCGCUUGCUGUGGAUCCUUCAGCGCAGGAAGACCCUCAAUUUUGACGGCGCUUCCCCAGUGUGUAUGACGCCCGUUGAGGUGCAGGGACGGGCCCUUAACGCUUUCUCUGACUCGGCUCUCUUUGAUCACUUUACUUGCCAGAAGCCCAAAAUCCGCAACAGGAAACUGCAACAGAUAUCUGCCCGCGAGGGGCAGGUUGUGUCAUUCAUUUGCAGAGCAGAAGGUGAGCCGACACCAGUGAUAUUCUGGAUCUCCCCUCAACGCCGCCGCAUCACCACAAAGAGCAGCGGCCGCCUAACUGUGUUACCAGAAGGCACAUUAGAAAUACGGUAUGCCCAGGUAACAGAUAGUGGAACCUACAUCUGCAUAGCCAGCAAUGCUGGUGGAAAUGACACCUAUUUUGCUACCCUUACAGUUAGUGGGUUGCCACUAGAUGCAGCACUUAUGGCCAACCGCACUUACUAUGCUGGGGACCUUAAUGACACAAAUCUGAAUGACACCAGAGUCUUCUUGAAGUUUACUCUGGACCUCAAGACCAUCCUCAUAUCCACAGCUAUGGGCUGUAUCAUGUUCCUGGGGGUAGUUCUCUUCUGUUUCAUACUGUUGUUUGUGUGGAGUCGAGGGAGAGGGCAGCACAAGAACAAUUUCUCGGUGGAAUAUUCCUUCAGAAAGGUGGAUGGACCGGCUGCCAGUGGAGGACAGGGUGGGGCACGCAAGUUCAACAUGAAAAUGAUAUGAUUAUUGGGAUCUGUUUCUCUCGUUAGAAUUCUUUACCUGAUACUGUUUACAGGCAGUCUCAAGCUAGGAAAUAAAGGGACAAGAAACUGGAUGUUUGUGCUUGCAAAACACUAAAUACAAUUAUUUAUCGGACAUUUUAUUGAGACAUGGUUUUGUUAUUGAAACUACUGUAUAUAGGAGAAAAAGAGAAAUCUGUAUGGAUUUGAUAUAUUUCUACAGCUUUGUCAUGUGUUGACAUUAUUGUGCAGAGGAGAGCUGGAUUAUAGUUAAAGAUGUCUCAAAAUGUUGAAUAGACUGUUCAAAGACCAAGCAACACAAGCACUCAGAGUCCCACCAGUCUUUAACCUCUACAAAGCUCUUGCCAACUCCAUCCUUCUUCCCUACAAGGAACUUUGUCCUCUUCAUCUUUUAAGGACUUCACCUCUCUGCUCCGUCUGAGGUGAUUCACGCUGUCUAUCUCCAAACUCAUGAAUACAUUAUAACAGGGUGGUGCUCGAUGAAUGCCAAGGACUUGCCAACAUGUAUUUGAAUAGUUCCAGCUAUAUACUGCAUAUUUAGACUCAUUUACAGUCAGGACUUUAGAGCACUAUAACAACAUAAAUAUAGAAGCUCUGCUUUUUUGCUGAUGGUAGGUUUGUACAGAACACACUAGACAGAGACUACUCUGCAACACUGCCAAUUUGACCUUAAAGCACCAUGUAAUAUCAAUGUCAAUGCAAUGCCGUGGUAGAGAGUUACAUCUCAUUAAAUACCACUAAAAGUUGCUCAAAGCCGUUUAAAACAAAAACCGGACUCUACAGGUUAAGCUACCAUUAAAGGACCCAGUUGUGCACAUGCAGAUGCGCACUUGCAAGUUAGGUUUUUCCAUUGUUGUCUGUUCCUGACACACUGUACAAGACUCUUACCCUCUUGAAAAAAAUUUGAUGUAAAAGAUGAACGCAUGUACAGAGUUGGCUUCUUACUUUGAAUAAUGUGUAUUAUUUGUAAAUGGAACAUUUGUUGGGGUGCAUUUAUCCCAAUGUUGAAUAGACCAUACUGUAUAGGUAGGAUAUAUACUGUAUAAGAUGUAUUAUAUAUUUUGUAAUCAUUGACAUUGAAAUCCUUGUGGUUGUUUAUAGUACUGUUGAGUGAGUUUUUCCGUUCUGUAAUUCUACUGCUAAAGUAUCUUUUUCAUAUAAGUGAUUUCCAGUCCAGAGCUUUUACAGUUCUCACCUUAUCAUGAGAUAGAUCUAACACUGAAACAUGCCUGAUCGCUCCCCGAGCUCACACGACAAAAUCAUGAAGGGCGUUUACAUCAGGUUUCAGUUCACUUGCCUAUUUUUGGCUUUAAGGGACAGUGGGGAGGCUUGGUUGACCAGCAGGGGGAAGGAGUUAAGUGGGUUCUCAUCAGGACCUCGAUGUGUGAGGCACGCAGGGAAAAAUGCUAAUGUGAUAAAGACCUUGCAAACUGGAACAAAGGUCAUAAUGAAACUGAGCCAAAGAAGAGAAGGAGUUGAGGUACUCUAGGAAGACUUAUUGACACUGUAUUCCAAAGGGGUGGACUUAAUAUAUGCCCUAUAAGAUAGCUGUAUUGUUAAAGCGGUUAUGAAGGUGAUUUCAAUAUGAUUCAUUCAGCAUUCAGAAAAUUAAUCAAGAGUUUUACCAUGACAAAGGGUGUUUCUGUAUUCCCUCAUACUAUUUAUUCAUAUAUUGAUGAAUACGGUUUCUGCUAAAGAGAACGUAAUUCAGUGUUUUUUGCAAUCGUGGCAUUUGACAACAACAAAGACAUAAAUGCAGAUGUAUCAGUUUUGGGCCUUGUACAGCAUCUGUGGUAGUUUUAGUACUACAUUAAUAGCAGAAAUGUCAAGUUUCCCUCAUACCUUCAGACAUAACUGAGAGAGAGUGACAAAACAGGUGAACUGCCUCCUUACUACUCUAACCUCAAGGUUUAUCUCUUGAUCUGUGGGUUUAGCCUUGGGUACCAAUGCCACCAGUUCAGAAAUCAGCUUUCUGCUUUCUGCUACAACUGCUGCAGCUUUAACAGUGUUGCUCUGCUGCCCUCUGUUGGCUGUAGACUGUACUGAGUGAUAUACUCUUACCAGAGCAAGAUACGGUUUGACCUCCCCAACCUCCAAACUUCAUACUGAGCGAUUUUUUACCCCAAAGGCAAAUGUGAAGAUGACCUGGACCCAGUCUUACUGGAAGUGAAAUUAAUUCUUAAAUGAGGCUAAAUUAACUUAGCAAACUCCCUCCCCACUUCUGCAGGUCAGAGCAAAAAGACUGAAUAAAGAGUUUGUGAUCAUCCACAUAUACAAUGUGCAACACAUUUUACAGACUAGAUUUAUAACUCACAAUAUGGAAUUAUUAAUAAUUUACUUUGAUUAUGUUACUGGACUGAUUUGACACCAGUUAAGCUAAUUGAUGGUAUUUUUCAUCGUCCUUUCCUGGAUCCAUCCUGUAAAUAUGGAAAUCAUUGUGUCUGGAAAUUGUGUUAGAGUGUUUUGUAUUGUAUUGUUUUAUAAAAAUGAAGCACACUGUUUAUAAAGCAUGCUAUAUUAUCUGCUACGAUGAUGUCUUGUCCCCCGUCCUAUUUUUAUAGCCGUCAUUUGGUCACUCAACCCUUAUUUUGGAAGACUGAGAGUGUACAAAUUAACUGAGAGUCUACAAUAAACCUGUGACCCCGUCACUGUGAAA